AUGAACAAUCGUAAUUUAUCGCAUGAACUGCAGAACUUGAUCAACCCAGAGCCUACUUUUGAAGAUCCUGAAGAUGGCGAAAAUAUCGAUUCGUCUGACAAGUGGUUCAACUCGAGACCUGCCGCGGAGAAUGAUGAUGAUGAAGUUCAAGCGCCAGUAGUUAGCAAGAUUCGAAAGAAGCAGGUGUCUUUUCUAUCUUCGAUUGAUAAAAGGUACGUUGGCAAAAAAAUAAGCCGUACCAACUUGGCUAGUGACGAUGAGGAAUCAGAAAGUAUAAGUGAAAAUGUAAACAGCGAUUCUGACGACAGCAGCCGCGAGGGCGAGCUUGAUGAUAGUAAAGUUGAUGAUGAGGAAGAAGACGACGAGGAAGGUCUUUCGGAAAGUGAUUUUGAUGAAGAAGAUCAAAUGAGCGACGAUGAGCUUGGGGACUCCGACCAAUUGCCUAAACCAUCAAAUGGAGUUUCUCAUGAUGAUGACGAUGAUAACUUCAACAUUCUCAACUUUGACGCAAGCAAACAGAUGUCUAAAGCAAGUGCUGUAAAGAAUCAACUUCUUAUUUACGAUAACUUGUUAGAAGCCCGCAUCAAAAUGCAAAAAUUGCUUUUAUCAACAAAUCGACUACCGCAGCACCAAAACUUGUCCGCAGUUAAAAGUGCCAAAUCUGCUUUACUGACCGAGUUAAUUAACGAGUGCGCAAAAGGAACACGCAAGUUGGGAAAGCUUCUACUAGAACUCGAUACUUUUCUGGACAUGAACAAUGAAGAAGACAAGGCAGAACAGACCGCCAGUAAGCCUGAAAGAAAACGCCCAAAAAGCACUGAUUUUGAAGAGUCUACUCUGUCAAAGAGAUUUUGCAAACUUGCCUCGCAGUAUCGUCCUGUCAUUGAGGACUGGCACGAGCGGACCAAGUUUGUCAACGCAAAUGCAAAGCUUAAAAAGUUUGAGUCUUUUGACGUCUGCCCAACAAAGUCAAUUGAUCAAAUAUUGACAAACAAAGAGCGCCUAAUUAGCCGCACGCGGGUAAAGCGUUCUGCCAUUAAGAUUAUUGGCCAAAGUGAAAAUUCAGAAGCUCCUGAGGAUGACCCAAACAGCAGUCUCGUUCUUGACACUUACGAUGACGACGAUUUUUACCAUCAACUUCUAAGGCAGAUAAUUGAAAACAAAAUGGGAAAUGUAGACGAUUCUACAGCAAUGUCAAAAAAGUACAUGGAAAUUCAGCGAAUGCGCAAUAAGCUAAAAAAGCAGGUCGAUACUAGAGCAAGCAAAGGUCGCAAAAUCCGCUACGACGUUCAUGAGAAGCUGGUCAACUUUAUGGCACCCGUCGACCGGACUAGCAUGACUGAUGAGGCGAAAAGUGAACUCUUUAAAUCACUGUUUGGCAAUUUCUCCGCCAACGUCGACGACUAG